AUGUAAUAAAUUGGACACUCGAUCUUAUCAAAAUGGUACUCAUCAAAUUACUUUUAUAGAGCACUGUUUCAAUAUGAAGUGAAAGAAGAGGGUUAUAUUAUGGGAAAACUUAUAGAGAGUAAGGAGGAUAUUCUGGAUGUGGUCAUACAUACCAUUCGUUUUACUUAUAGAGAAGGAUUCCAAGCAUAUCAAUGUCAGAACAGCACUUUGACAACGGAUUCUGGAUGGGGAUGUGUAAUUCGAGUAGGAUAAAUGAUGAUGGCAGAACUCUUAAAAAGGCAUUUGAAGUGUUUCUAUAAUGUGAAUUUGUUCUAGUUUCCUCCGCUAAUGUAGGAGGUCUUGCAGUUAUUCAAAGAUGAUGAUGAAAUGGAGAGUUUAAAGGUAUAGGGGAAACCAUCAAAGUAUGGGUUUUCGAUCUAGAAGAUAAUGAGAAUAGCAUAUGAAGAAUGGGGCAAGAAACCUGGAGAAUGGUAUAGUCCAAAUCAGAUAGUCCAGGCUAUUUAUAAAAUUCUAUCAGACAAUAAUAUAAUUUAUAGUUGCGGUUUGAGUCUUUUGCCCUUCUAUGAGAGCCAAAUAGAUCUAAAGGUUAUUUUAUAAGAGAUGUGUGUGAUGGAAAAUUGCAUUUGUGAAUAGAGAGUGUUUUUCAUUGAGAAAUUCUUACAGGAUUUGGUGAGACUGGAGAUUAAUAAGGAGGAAGUAAUUUAGGUUAUACAUGGGAAUGAUUCAAUUAGUGAUGUGUAUUACGAGGAUCUAUCGUAAUAGAAUAAGCAGGAGAUUGGAAUGUUGUUAAAAAAAUAUGUUUGUUAGAAAUGUUUUGUACCAAUCAGAGCAGUGGCAAUUUGUUUAUUAAGUAGAAUUGGAUGUGAUGAACCUAAUCCAGAUUACAUUUAAGCCAUUAGACAAUUUAUGAAGAAGAAAUAUUUUGCUGGAUUAUUAGGAGGUAGACCUAGGGAAGCUAAUUUCAUUGUAGGUUUUGUGGAUGACAAAUUCGUUGUAUUGGAUCCCCAUUUAGUAUAAUAAGCCAAUAUGAAUCCUGAAGAAUAUGUUAAAUCGUGUUUUCCAGGUGAAGCUCUCUUUAUGAGUGACAAAGAAAUUGAUUGUUCUCUUGGAUUGGUGUUCUAUUUGAAAAAUGAAGAGGAUUUGAUUGAAUUAAUCUAUGAUAUUUAAGCUCAUCAACAAAUCAACUUCUUUAGCUUUGCAACAAUACAAAAUUGGACGUACUCUAAGAUUCAGAAAGAAGUAGAACUUGAGAAAAUUAAAGAGAUGCAAAAUUUCUUAAAUGAAUUUCUGGUUUAAUAAUAAUAAUAAAUUCUGAAUCUGGAUGUCUCAGCUAAUCUAGAGGGUUAUGAAAUUGGUUCCUCCUAAUAGACACUUGUAAAUGAUAUAGAAUAUAGUUAUGAAUAAAUCUGA